CGCCCCAGCCAGCUCCGCUCACCCCCUCCCUGGCCCCUGCUCCAGGCCCCCGCCGCGGGACGAGGAGGAGGGCUCCCCACAGACAAUGGACGAGCACCCCGGAGCCGGAGGAGGCGGUGGGAUGGCGGCCGCCCCGAGACCACAGCAGCCACCGCCGCAGGCGGGUGGGAACAUGAACCUGCAGUCGGGUGGGGGCUGCGUGGGGGCCGGAGCCGGCGGAGGAGGAGGAGGAGGAGGGCAACAGCAGCAGCCCCAGGGCCCCGCGGCCCCGGCUGGUCAGGAGGCGGCGGGCCCCGCCGAGCUGUCCCGGCCCCAGCACUACACCAUCCCGGGGAUCCUGCACUACAUCCAGCACGAGUGGGCUCGCUUCGAGAUGGAGAGGGCGCACUGGGAGGUGGAGCGGGCCGAGCUUCAGGCUCGGAUAGCGUUUUUACAAGGGGAAAGAAAGGGUCAAGAAAAUUUGAAGAAAGAUUUAGUGAGAAGAAUAAAAAUGUUAGAAUAUGCAUUAAAACAAGAAAGGGCAAAAUAUCAUAAAUUAAAAUAUGGCACAGAAUUGAACCAAGGUGACUUGAAAAUGCCAACUUUUGAAUCAGAAGAAACCAAAGAUACGGAGGUUCCUGCAGUACCUCAAAAUAGCCAAUUGACCUGGAAGCAAGGCAGGCAGUUACUGAGACAGUAUCUUCAGGAAGUAGGUUAUACAGAUACAAUAUUGGAUGUACGCUCCCAGCGGGUAAGGUCUUUGCUUGGGCUCUCCAAUUCAGAACCAAAUGGUUCAGUAGAGACAAAGAACUUAGAACAGAUCCUCAAUGGGGGUGAAUCUCCUUCAUCAAAACAAAAGGGACAGGAAAUGAAAAGGAAUUCUGGUGAUGUUCUUGAAACAUUUAACUUCUUAGAAAACGCAGAUGAUAGUGAUGAAGAAGAAGAGAGUGACAUGAUAGAAGAUAUUGCAGAAGGAAAAGAAAAGCACAGGAUAAAUAAGAAACACAAAAUUGGUAAUGAAGGUUUAGCUGCUGACCUUACAGAUGACCCUGAUACUGAAGAAGCUUUGAAAGAAUUUGAUUUUUUAGUGACAGCUGAAGAUGGUGAGGGAGCUGGAGAAGCUCGAAGUUCAGGAGAUGGAACAGAGUGGGACAAAGAUGACCUGUCCCCAACUGCUGAGGUUUGGGAUGUAGACCAGGGACUAAUAAGUAAACUGAAGGAACAGUACAAGAAGGAACGAAAGGGGAAGAAAGGGGUAAAGAGAGUCAACAGGACAAAACUUCACGACAUGAUAGCAGAUCUGGGCGAUGAUGAGAUAUCCCACAUCCCUUCAGGAAUCAUUAAUCAAUCUAGGUCACCCUCUUCUAGAAUGACUGAUCAUGAAGGUGCAAGAGCAGAGGAAGCUGAGCCAAUAACGUUUCCACCUGGAGGAGGCAAGUCAUUUAUUAUGGGUUCUGAUGAUGUGUUGUUAAGUGUACUGGGCCUUGGAGACCUUGCAGACUUGACAGUAACAAAUGAUGCAGACUAUAGUUAUGAUCUGCCAGCUAAUAAAGAUGCCUUCCGAAAGACAUGGAACCCUAAGUAUACGCUACGCAGUCAUUUUGAUGGAGUGCGGGCAUUAGCUUUUCAUCCUGUAGAGCCUGUGCUGGUUACAGCCUCUGAGGACCAUACUCUAAAACUUUGGAAUUUGCAGAAAACAGUUCCUGCCAAAAAGAGUGCCUCUUUAGAUGUAGAACCCAUCUACACAUUUAGGGCCCACAUUGGACCUGUAUUGUCAUUGGCAAUUAGUUCCAAUGGAGAACAGUGUUUCAGUGGUGGUAUUGAUGCAACCAUCCAGUGGUGGAACAUGCCUAGCCCUAACGUGGAUCCAUAUGAUACCUAUGAGCCAAACGUUCUAGCUGGCACAUUAAUUGCUCACACAGAUGCAGUCUGGGGUCUUGCGUACAGCGGUGUAAAGAAUCACUUACUAUCUUGUUCAGCAGAUGGCACUAUUAGAUUAUGGAACCCACCAGAAAAAAUGCCCUGUAUUUGCACUUACAAUGGAGAGAAAGAGCAUGGAAUACCUACAUCAGUUGACUUUAUAGGUUGUGACCCUGCUCAUAUGGUGGCGUCUUUUAACACUGGCCGUGCAGUCAUCUAUGAUUUAGAAACUUCCCAGUCAGUGGUAAUGCUUUCAUCACAAAUAGAAUCUGGUGUACAAUCAAAUAAUCAUAUUAACAAGGUAGUAAGUCAUCCCACACUUCCUGUAACUAUUACAGCACAUGAAGAUAGACACAUCAAAUUUUUUGACAACAAAACGGGUAAAAUGAUCCAUUCUAUGGUUGCUCAUUUGGAUGCUGUCACAAGUCUAGCUGUAGAUCCUAAUGGAAUCUAUUUAAUGUCUGGAAGCCAUGAUUGUUCCAUUAGGUUAUGGAAUUUGGACAGCAAGACAUGUGUGCAAGAAAUAACAGCUCAUAGGAAAAAGCUGGAUGAAUCAAUUUAUGAUGUAGCAUUUCAUCCGUCAAAAGCAUAUAUUGCCAGUGCAGGAGCUGAUGCCCUUGCCAAAGUAUUUGUGUGACAUAGCAGAACAAACCUGCGUCAUAACAGCAGGUCUGUUUGGACAAAAAAGAGGGAAUGCGUCACUGCCAUCAAUAAGGUUACCAAUAAGACACUACAUCUGAUCUGCCUGGGUGAAGGUUCUUAUGUGGGGCAGGUAUAAGUUGGUGAAAAGUCACCACAUCUUGAAAAAUGUCAGGCUCAUUCAUUUAACUGUAAUUACUGUAUUUGGG